AUGGACUAUAGUGACAAUGGUGACCGGGCCAUCAUGGUCUAUAAGACAUCUAUUUUGGCAUUUAAGGACGGCUCCAAAUAUGUUACCGGAGACUUCAGGUUUCGACGCGUUUUGCAAGACCAACCCCGCAAAACGGUGAAGAUGUGGGCUGAGAAAGAGCUGAGAAAUCUUCUGAGAAUGAGACAGGCGGGCAUUCCUUGUCCUGAGCCUAUUCUUGUGAGGAACCAUGUCCUAGUCAUGGAGUUCCUUGGCGUGUAUGGCUGGCCCUCUCCGCGCCUGAAGGACGCUAAAGAUGUGUCAGAAAGAGGGUGGAGUUCGCUCUACCAGGAAUGCAUCGAGCUUAUGAGGAAAAUGUUGCAUAAGUGUCGCCUCAUCCAUGCCGAUUUGAGCGAGUUGAAAAUGCUGUAUCACCAGGGUCAAUUCAUCAUUCAUGUGUCUCAGUCGGUGGAGCACGACCAUCCUCAGGCUAUGGUGUUCUUGCGCAUGGACUGUGUCAAUGUCACAGAUUUCUUUGUGAAGAAGGAAGUAUGCUCUAUGUCACAUAAAGAACUUUUUAAUUUCAUGACGGACCCGUCCAUAAACGAGGAUAACAUGGCGGCCUAUUUAGACAUGGCCGAGGAAGAAGCUACUCAGUACGCAGAGAAGGGAAGAAGGCGGCCAGACUGCAAAGCAUCAGGUUGA